UUUGGGCCCAAAAGCUUCAGUCGAAAAUUACUGUACCGCCUUUUUCUUCUUCGAUCUUGGCUCUUCCUCGACUCCUUCUCUGGUCGGUUCCGCCAUGAACCCAGAUUCCUGUUUUCUUCAGUUCCAUGCGCGCUAAAUUCCCCUGCUUUCCUUAAAUUUCUCUAACUAUUCCUCACAAUGUCUUCCUACUCUGUCCCAGCUCGCCUUACGCUCCUCGCUCUCCUCUCUGCCACCACCUUCUACUGCUUCUACAAAUCUCGCAGGCUCAAGGGUCUCAAAAACCUCUCCGUAAACCCUAACCCUAAUUCUAAGUCCAAAUCUAAUUGCUGCUCCUCCCCCAAGGCAAAGAUCAUUUUCAUUUCUCAAACUGGCACCGCUAAGUCCCUAGCUCAUCGUCUCCUCGCAUUUCUCUCUUCCAAUGACCUCGCCUUUGAUCUCGUUGAUCCCCAAAGUUACGAGCCCGAGGACCUCGCUAUAGAAACUCUCGUUCUGUUCGUUGCUUCCACUUGGGAAAGUGGAAAACCGCCGCCAAACGGGGAGUUCCUGGCGAACUGGCUAUCCGAGAGCGCAGAUGAUUUCCGGGUCGGCUCGCUGCUGCUUUCGAAGUGCAAAUUCGCAGUUUUUGGAGUGGGGAGCAGAGCCUACGGAGAUACGUACAAUGCGGUGGCAAGGGAUUUGUCGAAGCGAGUGAGGGAGCUAGGAGGCGUCGAGAUUUUCCCGGUUGGGGAAGGCGACGUGGAUGAUGGUGAACUGGAUAUAGUUUUUGAUGAAUGGAGUAGAAAAGUUGUUAGUGUUUUGAAGGGGACUCUUGUGUUGGAGAACGGUGCGGUUUUAGGGAAUGGGAUUUGGGAAAUUGAUGGUGAGAGUAUUGAGGAUUCGGGUGAUGACGAUGAGCAGAGCCUUGUGGAGACGGAAAUCGUUGAUGUUGAGGAUAUUGCUGGCAAAGCGCCUUCAAGAAAGAUGGCUACGGCAAAUGUGGCUGAAACUAAUGGGAAAAUUGACGGAAAGAGAGCUAUGGUGACUCCGGUGAUCAGGGCGAGUUUAGAGAAGCAGGGAUAUAAAAUUAUUGGUUCACAUAGUGGUGUUAAAAUUUGUAGAUGGACCAAAUCACAACUUAGAGGCCGAGGAGGUUGCUACAAACAUUCAUUUUAUGGCAUAGAGAGCCACAGAUGCAUGGAGGCAACACCUAGUUUGGCAUGUGCAAACAAAUGUGUUUUCUGCUGGAGGCAUCAUACAAAUCCAGUUGGAAAGAGUUGGCAGUGGAAGAUGGAUGAUCCGUUAGAGAUUGUCAAUUCUGCCAUAGAUCUUCAUACAAAGAUGAUUAAGCAAAUGAAAGGUGUUCCAGGUGUUACAAUGGAGCGUUUAACAGAAGGUCUAUCUCCAAGACACUGUGCUUUAUCACUUGUUGGUGAACCAAUCAUGUACCCAGAGAUUAAUGCACUUGUAGAUGAGCUGCAUCGAAGGCGAAUUUCUACAUUUCUAGUGACAAAUGCACAGUUCCCUGAAAAAAUUAAAAUGCUGAAGCCAGUCACACAGUUAUACGUGAGUGUGGAUGCUGCAACUAAGGAGAGCUUGAAGGCUGUAGAUAGGCCUCUCUUUGGGGACUUUUGGGAGAGAUUUAUUGAUUCUUUGAAAGCUCUUAGGGAGAAAGAGCAGCGAACAGUUUAUCGCUUGACGCUGGUUAAAGGAUGGAAUACAGAAGAAAUAGAUGCUUACUUUAACCUGUUUAGCAUUGGGAAGCCAGAUUUUGUUGAAAUCAAAGGCGUAACUUAUUGUGGCUCGUCUGCUACAUCGAAGUUAACAAUGGAAAAUGUGCCAUGGCAUUCUGAUGUUAAAGCUUUUUCAGAGGCCUUGGCCUUGAAAAGUGAAGGGGAAUAUGAGGUUGCAUGUGAACAUGCCCACUCAUGUUGUGUGCUCUUGGCAAAAACUGACAAGUUCAAAGUCAAUAAUCAAUGGUUCACAUGGAUAGAUUAUGAAAAGUUCCACGAUCUGGUGGCUUCUGGAAGACCUUUCAGCAGCAGGGAUUACAUGGCUGCCACGCCAUCCUGGGCUGUCUAUGGCGCUGAGGAAGGUGGAUUUGAUCCGGAUCAGUCUAGGUAUAAAAAGGAGAGACGUCAUAAAUCAAAUCACUGACCCUCCAGGUAAGUAAAGAGACCCGAAUGGGAAAUUUCUGCAGUUUUGUUUAUACCAGGGGCUAGGUAACUUGUUGAGAUAAAUUUGUAUCCCUCGCAUUUUGGUCUUUUGGUUGUAAAGAAAAUGUUUUGACGGCAUAGGGUUUUUUUUUUCAAAAAAAUUCUAAGUUAUAAUCAUGUUUUGCAAAAUUAUAGAUGUCAAUCACCUGGGGGUCCAAU